ACUUCUACUCGACGCAUUCCUAGGCUUCUUAGCUAGAGACUAUGCCUUUAACGCUUGAGAUAUUAGCCCAAAUUUACAUAAGGUAGCCCAUAUAGGCGAACGCCCUUCGACGUUGUUAGGUCUCUUUCGACAUGGCGUGCAGCCCGAAAAGGCCCGACCCUCUCCGCGACGCGGAGGCGCGUGUCCGGGCUCUUACACGGGAGGUUGGGACGCUCCGGGAGGACUUGCGACGCGAAGUCAAGCGGCGCGAGCGCGCAGUUGCACAGGCCAAGGAGCACGAGGAGGCCCGCCGUGAGAGCGAGGGGCGCUGCCAGGAGCUCUCCUACAGCAACCGCAAGCUCGCAUCAGAGCUCGAGUCCCUUCACGAGACAGCACGCGCGGGCCAAGAACGCGACCGCCGCGCGCUGCGAGGCCUGCGGGAGGGCCUAGCAGCAGUGGAAUCCGCCGUAGCCGCACGCGCCCGACGCGGCUACGCGCACGUACGGCAACUUCAGACGGCCCACCAGCAGCUGCGUGCGCUGCUCCUAGGCCUCGCCAGCUCCUGCUCCCCGCAUGCUGCCGCCGGCUCCUCCUCCUUAGCAGCAGCAGCAGCGGCAGGGUUCCCUGGAGGGGCGGUUGAUGCGUCGCUGCUUGCCAAUGUGACGGUGCUGUCCUCCGUUGCCGCCCCCCGAGUGGAGCAGUUGCUGGGGGCGGCGCAGGCGCAUGCGGCGCGGCUAGCGGAGCUGCUAGCGGGCGGGGAGGG